AUGCGAUUGCUCGUCGUCCUAAAAUGGCAUGCUGCCAACAGUGAUGUUGCUUUUGUCAUAAGCCUGGCAACUGUUGCUCAACUUUGUCUUCACCCACAUGUCUUUGGCGACCGUGUUGCGCACUUAAUUAGUAUAGAUUAUGAUCCUUUAGAAUCGCAGAAACCUACACGAGAGAUUCUUCCUAAAAGAAGAGAAGGUCUCUGGGCGAAGGCCCCCGGGGCGGUGGCGGCGGGCGCGGGGCUUCGGCCGCGCCCCUCGCCGACCACGUCGAUCUCUUCGUCCGAGUCAUCGGCCAGCUCCGCCGCCGGGGGCCGCCUUCCACUUCUUGGCCAUGAGGCAGCGCGGCAUGGGCGGCGCCCGCAUCGGCCUCAGCGCGGCCGCAUCAGCGAGAGACAGGACGAACAGAGAAAAAGAGAGAAAAAGAGAAAGAGCGGCGCCCCGGGCGAGCGGCUAGCGAGUGAUCGCGCGCGUCCUCUUGCGGUUGUGGUAACUUGGUGUGGGGGUCGCUACUUAUAUAGAGCGCGGGGUGUUUGCGCGCGCCGCUACUUCGAUCGAUGGGGCGACGGAUGGCUUCGCACCACGCCAUACAAACUUUGCAAGUCGCGCCAACUUUAA